AUGGCGGGCCCGGAGGGCGGCGACAACAACGGCGAGGAGCCGAUCCCUGAACACGGCUGGAUCGACCGGCUGGUGGUUCAGAACUUCAAGUCCUACCGCGGCACGCACACGAUCGGCCCCUUCAAACGCUUCGUCUCGAUCGUGGGCCCCAAUGGCUCCGGGAAGUCGAACCUGAUGGACGCGAUCAGCUUCGUGCUGGGCGUGCGCACGGCCCAGCUGCGCGGAUCCCUGGGGGAGCUGCUGCACACCGCGGCGAAGAGCGGGGCGCGCACCACCGAGGGAUUCGUCAGGCUCGUGUUCCUCACGCCCGACGGCGGCCAGGUCACCUUUGAGAGGGCCAUCGUGUCUUCAGGUGCUGGCCCAGAGACUCGUUUCCAUUCCCGUUACAAGAUCGACGGGCGUACGGUGGACUGGGUCUCCUACAACGGCAAGUUGGAGUCCUUCAGGAUCCUGGUGAAGGCCAGGAACUUCCUGGUGUUCCAGGGCGACAUCGAGUCAGUGGCAGCGAUGGCCCCAAAGGAUCUGACCAAUUGGUUUGAGACGAUCUCGGGGUCUGCCGCCAUGGCCGAAGAGUACAAUGAGCUGGCUGCCAGGAAGAACCAGGCCGAGGAUAAGAUGAGCCUCAUUUUUACCAAAAAGAAGGCGACGUCAUCCGAGAAGCGGCAGAAGAAGGUGCAGAAGCAGGAGGCUGAGCAGCACAUGAAGCUGUUGGAGGAGCUGCGCAUGUUCAAGGCGCAGCGCUGCAUCUGGGAGGUGUACCAUCUGGACAAGGACAUAGAGGAGGCAAUGGAAGGGAUAAAGAAGCUGGAGGAGGAGGCGGGGCGUGCAAGUGAGGAAGCGGCGGGUGUAGACGAAGCCAUAAAGGAGAAGGAGGUGGAGUAUGUGUCACACAACAGGGAGCGGCUUGCGGCUGAUCGGCGAGUGAAGAAACUGCAGGCAGAGGCGGACAAGGGCCGACCAGGGCUGAUACAGAUCCAGGAGGAGAUUGUUCGGGUGAACCGGCGCAUCAAGGCUGCAGGGAAAGAGAUCGAGGAGAAGAGUGCAAGCCUGAAAGAGAAGGAGGAGAAGAUACACAGGUUGAAACAAAGUCUGCAUUAA